CUCCAAGUUCCCCCAGUGCGCCGCCAUGUUGUCGGAGUGAGAGACAGCGGUAGAGAGACGGCUCCGGGGGCUGAGAGAAACAUCGACCCAAUCCGACUCCAUCCUCCCGCUCCGCCCGUGUUGGUGGAAUGAGCGUUGCAUGUGUCUUGAAGAGGAAAACAGUUCUCUGGCAGGACUCCUUCAGCCCCCACCUCAAACAGUAUCAAGAAGGCACACUUAACCACAACAUGCCCGUGGUCCUCACCACUGGACCGGUGGGCCAACAGCAGCCACCACCCCCUAACCAUUCUAACCUAGCCACUGGCCCCCAUGCAAGCCCUGUGGGUAGUGCAAUGGGAGUGGCUGGCCGUUCGCAGGAUGAUGCGAUGGUAGAUUAUUUUUUCCAAAGGCAACACGGAGAGCAACUUGGGAGCGGUGGCAGUGGAGGAGGUGGAUACAACAAUAGCAAGCACCGCUGGCCCACUGGAGACAACAUCCAUGCUGAGCAUCAAGUGCGCUCAAUGGAUGAAUUAAAUCAUGAUUUUCAAGCUCUUGCUCUGGAAGGGCGAGCUAUGGGUGAACAACUGUUGCCUGGCAAAAAGUUUUGGGAGAGUGAUGACUCCAAUAAAGAUGCACCAAAGGGCAUUUUCCUGUCUGACCAGUGGCGUGACAGUGCGUGGGGUGCAUCAGACCAUUCGGUUUCCCAGCCCAUCAUGGUCCAGAGGCGGCCAGGCCAAGGAUUCCACGUCGGCAGUGAGGUGAACUCUGUUCUCUCCCCUCGUUCCGAGAGCGGUGGCUUGGGAGUCAGCAUGGUGGAGUAUGUGCUCAGCUCUUCUCCCGGAGACUCCUGCCUGAGGAAAGGAGGAUUCGUAAGUGCCUCUCCCUUAAUACAAACAAGGGGGGGAGCCCUUCGAUUGCCAAGAUAUAGAAAAAUGCAGGGUCCAAGGGAUUCAGAAGGAGAUGAGAAUGACAAGGGUGACAAGAAAAACAAAGGUGUCUAUGAAGGGGACAAGCUGGGAGAUCUUAAAGAAGAAGGGGAUAGUAUGGACAAAGCCAAUGGGCUACCCGUCCAGAAUGGUAUAGAUGCCGAUGUGAAAGAUUUCAGUCGUACCCCAGGAAACUGCCAGAACUCUGCAAAUGAGGUGGACCUUCUUGGGCCGAACCAAAAUGGUUCAGAAGGUCUUGCCCAGCUUUCCAACAGUAAUGGAACAAAACCAGUGGAGGAUUUUAGUAGCAUGGAGUCUCAGAGUGUACAGCUGGACCCUAUGGAGCAUGUUGGUAUGGAACCCCUACAGUUUGAUUACCAAGGCAACCAAGUGCCUGUGGAUUCGGGGGCUACCCCUGUAGGCCUUUUCGACUACAAUUCUCAGCAGCAGUUGUUCCAAAGACCGAAUGCCCUGGCAGUUCAGCAGCUGACAGCUGCGCAACAACAACAGUACGCCCUAGCAGCAGCACAUCAACCGCACAUAGGUAUGUUUUCAGCAGGUUUAGCUCCAGCUGCCUUCGUCCCAAAUCCCUACAUCAUCAGUGCUGCACCUCCUGGGACAGACCCAUAUGCUGCAGGUCUUGCUGCAGCGGCAACACUUGGUCCAGCAGUUGUCCCUCACCAGUACUACGGUGUGACCCCGUGGGGAGUUUACCCAGCCAACCUCUUCCAGCAACAGGCGGCAGCUGCUGCAGCAGCCAGCAACUCUGCUUCUCAGCAAAACAACCCCCAGAACCAGCAGGGGCAGCAGCAGGUUCUACGUGCUGGGGGGAGCCAGCGACCACUAACUCCGAACCAGAGCCAGCAAGGUCAACAAAACGACCAGCUGGUAGCUGCAGCAGCCGUAAACUCUGCACUUGCCUUUGGACAAGGACUCGCUGCUGGCAUGCCAGGUUACCCUAUGCUGGCUCCUGCUGCUUACUAUGACCAAACAGGGGCCCUUGUUGUGAACACUGGUGCUAGAAACGGACUGGGGGGUCCUGUCAGACUUGUAGCCCCUGCGCCCGUUAUAAUUAGCCCGUCUGCAGCUCAAGCAGCUGUUGCAGCUGCCGCCUCAGCCAAUGGUCCAGGGGGCACUAACAAUGGACCUUUUCGACAGUUGAGUUCCCAGCAACCACAGGGGCAGCCACAGCCACAAGGAAAUCAGAAUCUGGCAUCAAGCUCCUUCUACGGCAACAACUCAUUGACCAACAAUUCCCAAAGCAGCUCUUUGUUCUCCCAGAGCUCCGGCCAGCCAGCAAACAGUUCAUUAGGGUUUGGCAGUAGUGGUUCUUUGGGUGCCACACUCAGUUCGGCUCUUGGCGGCUUUGGGACUGCAGUUGCCAAUUCCAACAGUGGUAGCGGAUCUCGGCGUGAUUCCUUGACAGGCAGCAGUGAUCUGUACAAGAGGACUUCCAGUAGCUUGACUCCUAUUGGUCACAGCUUCUACAAUGGCCUUGGCUUCUCUUCCUCCCCAGGCCCAGUGGGUAUGCCCUUACCCAGCCAAGGGCCUAGUCACUCCCAAACACCACCACCUUCACUGUCCUCCCAUGGUUCGUCCUCCAGUCUUAACCUUGGGGGCUUAACGAAUGGCAGUGGGCGCUAUAUCUCUGCUGCACCGGGGGCCGAGGCAAAGUAUCGCAGCGCCAGUAGUGCAUCAAGCUUGUUUAGUCCGAGCAACACUCUCUUUCCAUCCACUCGCCUUCGCUAUGGCAUGUCUGAUGUAAUGCCUUCAGGUCGAAGCAGAUUGCUCGAGGACUUUCGUAACAACCGUUACCCCAACCUUCAGCUACGUGAAAUUGCUGGCCAUAUUAUGGAAUUUUCUCAAGACCAGCAUGGCUCCAGGUUUAUUCAACUAAAGCUGGAACGGGCAACUCCGGCGGAGAGGCAGCUGGUUUUCAACGAGAUCUUGCAGGCAGCCUACCAGCUCAUGGUUGAUGUUUUUGGGAACUACGUUAUACAGAAAUUUUUUGAGUUUGGCAGCCUAGACCAAAAGCUGGCCCUAGCAGAGCGGAUUCGUGGGCAUGUACUUUCUCUGGCAUUGCAGAUGUACGGGUGUCGAGUGAUUCAAAAGGCACUUGAGUUCAUCCCACCUGAUCAACAGGUCAUUAAUGAGAUGGUCCGGGAGCUGGAUGGUCACGUUCUGAAAUGUGUGAAGGACCAGAACGGGAAUCACGUGGUACAGAAAUGCAUAGAAUGUGUACAGCCUCAGUCUCUGCAGUUCAUCAUUGAUGCCUUCAAGAGCCAGGUGUUUGCCCUCUCUACACACCCGUAUGGGUGUCGAGUCAUCCAGCGGAUCCUGGAACACUGCCUUCCAGAGCAGACACUGCCUAUUUUGGAGGAGUUACACCAGCAUACCGAACAGCUUGUACAGGAUCAGUACGGGAACUAUGUCAUUCAGCAUGUUUUGGAACAUGGCCGACCAGAAGACAAGAGUAAAAUUGUUGCUGAGAUUCGGGGUAAUGUUCUGGUUCUGAGCCAGCACAAAUUUGCCAGUAAUGUUGUGGAGAAGUGCGUGACCCAUGCAUCUCGCACAGAGCGAGCUAUGCUGAUAGAUGAGGUUUGCACAAUGAAUGAUGGGCCUCACAGUGCCUUAUACACCAUGAUGAAGGACCAGUAUGCCAACUAUGUAGUACAGAAAAUGAUCGAUGUGGCAGAACCUGCUCAGCGCAAGAUUGUUAUGCACAAGAUCCGACCACACAUCGCUACGCUACGCAAAUAUACCUAUGGCAAACACAUCCUUGCCAAGUUGGAGAAGUACUACAUGAAGAACGGCAUGGAUCUGGGUCCAAUGUGUGGGCCAUCGAAUGGAAUCAUCUAGAGAUCUUCCUGUAACCACUGUAUCUCCCCUCUUUGCCCACCAUGUGGGAGAUCCAGGAUGUAGCUCUGACAUUCAAUCUCUGUAAAUGUCUUUAAUUUUAUUACACCCAACAUUUUUUUGUUUUAAAGAUCAACUUAACCCCACCAUAUUUCUGUAUAGAAUUACCUGUACAUAUCUUGUACAUGCCCUACCCUUUGCUGAACGCAUACGCUCGUUAGUGUGUGCCCUCAAAGCCCUUGUGAAUAAAUUUGCUUGCUACAAAGUCCAGAAGGUUAAUGAAUUUUUAAGCGAAAAAACAUUUUCCCUCCCUUAGUUUAUUUUUAAACAUAUGUUUGACCAGAGUUCUCCAUUUCUCUCUGUACGUAUCUAUACAUGAAUUUUUGUUUAUUCUUUGAGCAGAUUCUGUUUUAUUGUGCGGAAAUUGGGAAGAAUUAGGCAGAUGUAAGACUGCCAUUUUUACGACUGUAAUUUUGAUUUCAAAGGAGAUUUACUUUAGCAUGUCCACCUUAAUUCUAACCCCCUGUACCCUUUUUUUUCGCUUUGUAUAAAUAUGUAGUGUAUACUUGAUAUAGAUAUUUGCAUAUAUAUAAAACUUUGUAGUAUUUUCUUUUAGUUUUUUUGAUGUUAAAUACAGAUGUAUCCUGCAGUUAGUGGACAUAAACCCUUUUGACUGUAAAAUUGUACAUUUGUAAAACCUCAGUAAUGUAAAUGUGAGUUUGAAAAUUGACAUAACCCCCUUCCUUUUUGGUAAGAGAUACGAAAUGUCAAAAAACGAAAAGAAAAAAAAAAACAACAAAAAAAAAAACUUUAGGCCAAACUGUGCAUUUCCAGGAUUCUUCUGCAGAUACAUUGGUUGUGAUGUUGUAAAUUGUAAAUUGUAAUUUCAGCUGGACAAGACAAAACAAGUUUUUUUUUCUUUCUCUUUUUAGUUUGUGCUUCAAAUCUAUUUUAUUUCCUUUAAUGAAUUGGAUAAUUGUUAAUGAAUUUGCUCCUGAUUAGCACAGAAAUCUUUUAAAUUUAGCUGACCGCGAUUUAGCGGCUGAUUCUAGGAAAUCACGCAGCCCUCUAUACAACUGGAGAUCCCGUUAGUUAUUUCUUCCUGUACAGAUGAUGAUGUUUUUGUUUUGCAUUGUCUCACUUGUAAGUUGCUGUAACAUAUUGUCCACCUUAUUCUUUCUUGUUUGAAUAUACAAAUGUAAUAGUUAAACGGUGUAUAUUUACAACAGACAUAAGAGACCCCCUUUUUGUGUAUAUUACAAACGCAAUUUUUUCCAAGCACACUUGUUUAACCGUAUGUGUAUAAUUAAGAAUCCCCUUUUCCAUUGCCAAAUGAUAUAGUCAGAGGGCAAUGGGAAAGGGGCAUAUCGGCCCUGUGGAUGCUUCUGAUUUAGCAAUUAUUUUUUGUACUUUGUGUAGAAUGUCUAUAAACGAUGUGUGAUCUUUAUUUUGAAAAUUACAGAACUUUGGAAUCUC